CUCUUCAGAGAGGACAACGAGCUCUUCCCACGAUGGCAAGUCAAGACACAACUGGAGAUGCACCAGCAACGAAACAGAAGAAGAAGAAGGUGAGAAAGGAGACAAAUGGAGUCGAUGAUAUGGACGAUCACGGGAUGGAAAUGGGAGGUCUGGGCAGCCGGAGGGAAUCUGAGAUCGGAGAACAACUUACUCUCGAGGCCACGACGGACGCACCGCCUCAGAGGAGGAAGAAGAAGAAGAAAACUGCUACUAUCGAUCUUUCAGAUGACCAGGCCGAGCUGGGGAACGGAGACGCAGCAGAUCACACCACUGAUGGAGAAGAGGUGGUCAGAAAACCCAAAAAGAAAAA